AUGGUGUGUGAGUCACUCGACUUCUCUGAGCGUCACCCUGAGGACGAAGAGCCAGCUCCACCCAGUGCAGACUUUUGCACUAAGUUCCUGCACUUCAGUCACGCAGGGCACUACCUCCUUGCUGGGGCCCGUCUUAUUGCCUGGGAGCCCCAGCAGGAAGAGGAGGUUACCAUGGUGACCGCAAGGCCCAACUUUCAAGACAGCAUCCACGUGGGCUUCGUGCCGGGCCUGAAGAAGUUUACGGAGUACUUCACCUCUGUGCUGUGCUUCACCACCCCCGGAGACGGGCCUCGCAGCACCCCCCAGCUGGUGCGCACCCAUGAGGAUGUACCUGGGCCUGUGGGACACCUGAGCUUCAAUGAGAUCCUUGACACCUCGCUGAAGGUCAGCUGGCAAGAGCCGGGGGAGAAGAAUGGCAUACUCACAGGAUACCGCAUCUCCUGGGAGGAAUAUAACCGCACCAACACCCGUGUGACCCACUACCUGCCCAACGUGACACUGGAGUACCGGGUCACCGGCCUCACCGCGCUGACCACCUACACCAUCGAGGUGGCCGCCAUGACCUCCAAGGGCCAGGGUCAGGUGUCUGCCUCCACCAUCUCCUCCGGGGUGCCUCCAGAGCUCCCUGGGGCCCCCUCCAACCUGGGCAUUUCCAACAUCGGCCCCCGUUCUGUGACCCUGCAGUUCAGACCAGGCUAUGAUGGGAAGACCUCCAUCUCCCGUUGGCUAGUGGAGGGUCAGGUGGGCGUGGUCGGGGAGGAAGAGGAAUGGCAGGUAAUCCACCAGCUCCCCAAUGAGCCAGACGCCCGCUCCAUGCAGGUGCCCGACCUCAACCCCUUCACCUACUACAGCUUCCGUAUGCGCCAGGUGAACAUCGUGGGCACUAGCCCACCCAGCCAGCCUUCUCGGAAGAUCCAGACCCUCCAAGCACCCCCCGAUAUGGCCCCCAUCAACGUGACCCUGCGCACAGCCAGCGAGACCAGCCUAUGGCUCCGCUGGAUGCCCCUCCCCGAGAUGGAGUACAACGGGAACCCCGAGUCAGUGGGCUACAAGAUCAAGUACAGCCGGCUCGACGGCCGUGGCAAGACGCUGAGCCAUGUGGUCCAUGACCGCGUGGAGCGCGAGUACACCAUCGAGGACCUAGAGGAGUGGACCGAAUACCGCGUCCAGGUCCAGGCCUUCAACGGCAUGGGGAGCGGGCCCUGGAGCCAGACGGUGGUGGGCAGGACCCGGGAGUCAGUCCCGUCCUCUGGCCCCACCAACGUGUCCGCUCUGGCCACCACCUCCAGCAGCAUGCUGGUGCGCUGGAAUGAGAUCCCCGAGGCCGAUCGAAACGGGCUUGUGCUGGGCUACAAGGUGGUGUAUAAGGAGAAGGAUGCAGAUGCGCAGCCCCGAUUCUGGCUGGUGGAAGGGAAUUCUUCACGCAGCGCCCAGCUCAUGGGCUUGGGCAAAUACGUGCUCUACGAGAUCCAGGUGCUGGCCUUCACGCGCAUCGGCGACGGCAGCCCCAGCCGUCCACCCAUCCUGGAGAGGACACUGGACGAUGUGCCGGGACCACCCAUGGGUAUCCUAUUCCCUGAGGUGAGGACCACAUCAGUGCGGCUCAUCUGGCAGCCCCCCGCCGCCCCCAAUGGCAUCAUUCUUGAGAAUGAUAUCUGA